AUGGGUUUCUUAGUGAAAGUAGUGUUAGUUGCCGCGCUGGGUGCGGCAGCGUGGUACUACUUCAAGGGUUGCUGUCCAAAGACCAUCCCAAAGCUGGACAACAAUGAGUGGUGGGGUCCUAAGGAACUAGUGGGCAAGCAGGACAAUUCUAUCAAGCCAUUCAAAGUCAAGUUUGAUGAAGCGAUGAUAAAAGACCUAAAACUACGUCUAAAGAACCACCGUGCAUUCCAACCACCGCUAGAGGGCGUUGGUUUCGAAUAUGGUUUCAACACCGCACAAAUCGAUAGCUGGAUUAGCUACUGGGCUGAUAAGUACAACUUUAGUGAACGAGAGGCCUUCCUCAACAAGUUCCCUCACUUCAAGACUAAUAUCCAGGGUCUGGACAUUCAUUUCAUCAGAAUAAAACCUGAGGUUCCCAAAGACGUGGAAGUGCUCCCGCUCCUCAUGAUCCACGGAUGGCCCGGCUCUGUGCGCGAGUUCUAUGACGCUAUCCCACUGCUUACCCGUCAGACAGCUGGAUACAACUUCGUGUUCGAACUGAUCGUCCCCAGUAUACCUGGGUACGGAUUUUCAGAUCCUGCUGUAAGACCUGGUCUAGGUAUGCCCCAAGUGGCUGUAAUCUUCCGAAACCUGAUGAACAGGCUGGGACACAAGAAGUUCUACGUGCAAGGAGGUGACUGGGGUGCAGGCAUCGUCAGCGUCAUGUCCACUCUCUUCCCUGAAGACAUUCUUGGACAUCAUUCCAAUAUGCUGGUCUCUCAGCACACAUGCUCCAUGGUAAGGACCUUCGUCGGUGCCUUCUUCCCAUCCCUGAUAGUUGAGGAGCAUCUAGCGAGCAGGAUGUACCCUCUGUCCUCAUUCUUCGCCUAUGUAUUGGAGGAAUUCGGCUACAUGCACAUACAGGCUACCAAACCUGAUACUAUUGGAGUACCACUCACAGAUUCUCCAGCUGGUCUUCUAGCUUACAUCCUUGAGAAGUUCUCCACUUGGACCAAGAAGGAGUACAAGUUCAAGGCCGACGGUGGUCUUGGCAACAGGUUCACGAAAGACCAGCUCAUUGACAACCUCAUGAUCUACUGGUCUACCAACUCCAUCACUACUUCCAUGAGGUUCUAUGCUGAGAACUUCUCCCACAAAAUUAUGUCUUUGGGAUUGGACCAGAUCACAACACCAGUACCAACAUGGGGUCUCCAAGCGAAAGAAGAAUUGAUGUACCAACCACCAAAUGUCCUGAGGACAAAGUUCACAAACUUGAUAGGAACGACAGUGUUAGAUGAUGGAGGUCAUUUCCUGGCCUUCGAGCUGCCUCAGGUCUUCGCCGCAGACGUGUUCAAAGCGGUGAAGGCAUUCAAAGAAUGGCACCAGACGAAUAAGAAGACUGAGUUGUAA